AUGGCUAUCUGUUGUAUUUCAAUAGGAUUACUUGAAGCAUACACACAAUUCGACCAAAACAUAUUCCAAUAGAAUGACUCUGAAUACAACAUCUAAAGAAUUAUGCCGAGAAUGGCAUUUGUGUAUAUCUCACAACUCAUCUUGAUUCUUGCAAUAUUUUUCAUGAGAAAAGUUAAUAAAUUUCAAUAGUUCGAUUAUUGGAUAGCAUUUGCAAUUGAACUAAUUCAGUUCCUAAUUAAAAUAGUGUUGAGGAAUAAGUUUAACUUUAUUGAUUGCAGUCCAUCUCACAAAAUUCCAUUGUAUUACUACAUUGAUUGCUUCAAAUUGUCUUUGAUGUUAUUGUGUUCAACAAUCCUACCUUUGUUCUUUUAACAUAAAUCAAUAACAGAAUUACCCUUUGAAAUGGAAUGCUCAACUUUUAGAUUGUUUCUAGCCUAACCGUAAUUUAUAGAACUAUUUUAUGAAUACUUAUGUUAUUUUGAUAGAACAAAAACCUAAAAAUUAAUUAUGGAAGAAUCUCAACACACAUAAACAAACCUCAGAAUCAAUAAUAAUUACACAAGUCUAUUUGAAAACGAGACUUAAUUUAACAUCCUCAAAUCCUCAUUAUCAAAAUGCUUCAUUUCCUAUAUAAAUUUUUCAUUGUGGCUUGAGAAGGAAUAAAACGAGUCUAAUGCUGAUAAUGAUAAUGAACAUUUAUUGAGUUCUGAAUUUCAAUUUAUUUAAGACCUCAUCUCUGAAUAGAAUGUACCCAAAAUGCCCUCCACUUAAAAAUACAAUAAGUAACUUGCUAAUUAAGGUAUAAAUGAUUCAGGCAGAUUGGAUUUCACUCAAGAUCAAAUCAAUAUCAAUAAAGUUGAAAAAAUUUGGUUGUACAAAGAGAUUCUUUAUGAAAUUUUAAAAGAAGUGUUUGAACAACAUUUCAAAUACACUAAUUCUUACUAGACAUUGUAUGAACAUUGCGAAAGAAAUAGAAUAAUAUGGAUCAGGCUAGGAUAAAUUGGAUUGACUGGGAAUAGUAAUUGA